UUAAGUUAUAGACUAUAUGUCGGAAAUGAUUCCCUUGCUAGGAGCGGUUGUAAACCUUUUCGGAAUGAGGAAUUACAACAUUCGUCGGCUUGAUAGUAAAAUAAAACCUUGUCACCAAGCGGCUGGUGUUGUUUUGCUGGCAAUGCCAAGUUCUCGGCUGGCGAGGCCGAGUUUGUUUACUUCUCUCGCAGAUCGCAGAUCUUCAGGGAGUGCGAUAACCUCCAGAGACUGGGAGCGAACUUGACCCAGUUCUCCCAGGUUCAAGCCCAGCCAGGAGAACCUUCUCAUCCGAGGCUUAUCAAUCAGCCUAACAGCUCGAUUCAGUCGUCUUUUCAACGCCAAGAUGAGAACAACCAGAAGCGCUUGGAAGAGUUUUCUGCUCGGAUUGCUGAUCCAGCUGGGAGUUCAGCUUAACGCCGUGCUUGGAGUCCGGCCAAAUAACAUGGGUCGCAUGCAGAUGAUGGGUGGAAACUUUCCGGACUCUCGAGAGGAGCAAAUGGCGCGCCAAUCAAUGGCAGCGGAUAUGCGAAAGUACAUGAACCUCAGCGUGGAUCCCUGUACGGAUUUCUUCGAAUACGCCUGCGGUCAGUGGGGUCAGCAUCACAAGCGGCAACUUCGUCUGAGUGAGUUGUUUACCGCCCAACAGCUGAUGGAGACCAAAAUCUCGGAGCAAUUGCAGCAGCUCCUCACGCAACCACUUCCAACGCAACAUCAUCCAAAUAGCUUUAGCGGUCCAAGUAUGGCGAAUGUCCGGAAGGUGCGAGCUUUCUACGAAUCUUGCGUCGCAGUGGAGGCAAAUGCUGGCGAAAGACGUCGUUUUCUCAUGAAGAUCCUCAAGGAUAACGGAGGAUUGCGAAAUGUACCCAACUCGAACUGGCAGCACAACCGUCACUGGGUGCAAACACUGGGUGAAAUGAGGAGAAACUACGGACUGGACAUUCUUCUGGGUUUGGAAUUCGAUUUGAACCUUCAACAAAUGCAGGGGAAAAGCAUAUACUUCGGUGAACCCAAGCUCACCAUUAUUCCCAAGGAGCACUGCAAUUCGUUGGCCACUCAAGAUGCUCAAGUGAACAAUGCGGUUCACGAGCAGAUUCAGCAGCAGGUUGCGGACAAUGUGCGCGAUUGGUUUGGCAUCGACACCGGCGAGGCGGCUCGUUUUGCCGGCGACAUUAUUCGCUUUGAGUUUGAGCUCUGCAAGCAAAUGGGAGAGCAGGACAUUAUUAAGAACGAGGACGAGCCGCAGGCUCCGGUACAGGCUCCCCUUUAUGGAGUUCGCUCGAGAACAGGUCAAGACCGAUUGCAUCGCCACAAGGAUGGAAAGAGCCUAAUCGAACUCACCAAAGAGUUUGGCAAUCAGCUGGACUUUAAAAUGCUGGUGGAAGUAAUCCUGGAGGAAGAAUUCCCAGCUGACGUCUACCUGCGCUCCCCGGAAUACGUAAAGCAUCUGGUGAGGACCGUGAGGGCCAACAAUCGUAUUACCAUAGGCAGUUAUAUUAUUUACGUUGCUGCAAAUGAACUGAAUCAACCGCCGGAGGAGGUUCCUUCGCAACGUGCUCGCCAAUGUGUUUUGGUAACACAGCGACUAUUCCCUCAAGUUCUGGGCGAGUUGUUCCAACGUCACGUGCAACGUGAUAAUGCCAAACACGAUCUGAAUGCAAUUUUCAGCGAUGUGAUCAAGGCCCUCGAGGAGCAGUUUCAUGUGGAAUGGAUGGACGAGAACGAUCGCAGGGCGGCCAGAACAAGACUUUCGCAAUAUCGAGUCCUGCUGCCGGAUUACCAGAGUUUGGAUCUGUCCGGGUUGCAGUUCCAGAAGAACGAAGACUAUUGGCAUCGCUUGGAGGUGACCCUCAAAUAUCGCUCACGGCAGCAGUUUGAAGCUCUGAGGGGAAACGACUUUAACCAAGAUGGAGAUGGCAUUCUGGAUGCUUUUGAGGUGCGAGCUGCCUUGUCGCCCCGUCAGCAAACGGUCCUGGUUGGAUGGGGCCUGCUGCAGCCUCCCUAUUACAAUUACUACUAUCCCAGGGCACUGAAAUACGCAUUGGUGGGCCAGCGAUUGGCCAGUGCUUUGGUUCAGGCCUUCGACGAAGAGGAAUGGAACCAUCACCCUCAGGCGACGUCUCUAUGGAACGAUUAUACCAUGUCUGGUUACCGAAAUGUCAGCGAAUGCCAGCGGGCUCAGUACAGUAGUUACUUGUACAACGAACCUGGCGAAUUUCGCAAUGCCACCAGACUAAGGGAGAUUAUAGCCGAUAGCAGCGGUCUUAACUUGGCUUUUAACGCCUAUUUGGCCUGGUUGGAGCAGCAGGACCACAAAUUGCGUGUACUUUUGUCGAAAGAAACUCUGCCGGAGCUGAACUUUACCAACACACAGCUUUUUUUCAUAUACUUCGCACAGACGCGAUGCUGGGCAAAGAAUGACCAGCAAGAAAUCCUGAAAUCGAUGCCUCUGAUGCAGCACACACUGGAGAGAUGGGAUGUGAAUGGACCGCUGAGCAAUUCCCCGGAGUUUGGACGAGAAUUCAAUUGUGCUCUGGGCACUCCAAUGAACAGUGGGGACAAGUGUUUGGUUUACUGAUGAUGACUAGUCGGAAAUAAAAUACUUGGAAAGUA